AUGAUUCUAAAGUUUGUUGUUGGUUUAGUUUUAGUAGUUUUAACGAAUGCAGCCCCGGCAGCUGUAAAGUAUGUAUUCGAUGUUCAACAACUUUUUGCAGAUAACGACAUUUUGGAUAGGUAUGAGUUAGACGAAAGUAGAGCACAAGAAUUAGUAGAGACAAAAAUAAAAUAUGAUUUGGCAUUUGUAGAUGAUGUAGAUUCAAGCACAGAUGCAGAGUUAGGUGAGCACUUCGAAGGUGACAUGUUCUUAUCUUCUACCCAGCGGGAAGCUAUUCAGCAAGCUGGAACUACACGCAAUGGCUUAAGAAAUAUCACCAAGCGUUGGCCGAAUCGUACUGUUGUAUAUCAUAUUGUUGAAGAAGAUUUUGAUGAGAAGCAAAUUGAUAUGAUCGAAAACGGUAUGGCCGACAUUGCGAACAAAUCUUGCCUCAAGUUUCGGCGAAGGGUAAAACAAGAACACGCAGUCAUUAUUCAGGGAUCGGCAAGUGGUUGUUAUUCAAGUGUAGGUCUAAGAACUGGUGAUGACGAUUCUGAAGAGGAAGAACAGGAUCAAGUAUUGAACUUGGAGAAACGUUGCUUCAAGCACGGGACAGUUGUACACGAAAUGCUUCAUACUCUCGGCUUCUACCACAUGCAGAGUACUUACGAUAGGGACGACUUCGUACAGAUUGUGUAUGAAAAUAUAAAACCAGGCGCGGAGCACAAUUUUGCAAAGUACACCGUUGAUACAGUAACUGACUUCGGAGUACCAUACGAUUACGGCAGUGUGAUGCAUUAUCCAUCAAAAGCAUUUUCUAAAAACGGAAAUAAGACAAUCAUACCUUUAAAGGAAGACGUCAAAAUAGGACAAAGAGUUGGACUAUCCGAAAGUGACGUAUUGAAGAUUAAUAGAAUGUAUUGUGAAGAUGAGAAGUCUGUUAGUUACGUUUCGAAGUAAAAAUAUAUAAAAUUGGCACGUUUUGAGUUUGUUUAAAACAGAUUUACGUGUAAUACACCUAUAACCAAUUAAAAUAUAUUACGGAACACGAGACUAUUAAAUGUGGAAUAGUAAAAAGCAUUGCACCAGA